GGCCAACAUGGAGACGCUCAAAGGGAACAAACUCAAGAAAAGAAAGGGAAAGCAGCGCCGGUGAAAGAAGAAAUGCGAUCUCAAUCGGAAGCCAAGGAGAUGUGUGAGGAAGACGCGACCAGGGUAGGCGUGAUUCUCUGUUGAUUGUUACCCCGUAGGGACAGACCAGGGUAGGCGUGAUUCUCUGUUGUUUGUUACCCCGUAGGGACAGACCAGGGUAGGCGUGAUUCUCUGUUGUUACCCCGUAAGGACAGACCAGGGUAGGCUUAAUUCUCUGUUGAUUAUUACCCCGUAGGGACAGACCAGGGUAGGCUUUAUUCUCUGUUGAUUGUUACCCCGUAGGGACAGACCAGGGUAGGCGUGAUUCUCUGUUGAUUGUUACCCCGUAGGGACAGACCAGGGUAGGCUUAAUUCUCUGUUUAUUGUUGCCUGUAGGGACAGACCAGGGUAGGCUUAAUUCUCUGUUUAUUGUUACCCCGUAGGGACCUACCAGGGUAGGCUUAAUUCUCUGUUUAUUGUUACCCCGUAGGGACAGACCAGGGUAGGCUUAAUUCUCUGUUUAUUGUUGCCCCGUAGGGACAGACCAGGGUAGGCUUAAUUCUCUGUUGAUUGUUGCCUGUAGGGACAGACCAGGGUAGGCUUAAUUCUCUGGGUUUUUUUACCCCGUAGGGACAGAGACACAACACACACACUAACACAAACCCAAUUGUUCUCUCCCCUUGUCUUUGACAAACCAUCAACAUCUAGAAUUUAACCCCCGUGUGGGGGGGGUGGGGGUGGCAUUAAACUAAAUGAUGCUUUAUUAUUUUAGAGUGACGUUUAGUGGCCUAAAUCUCCACGGAUCGUCAGGGGUGGGGGUAUUAAAACAAAAGAUGGUGGCGGGCCUUCCUGUUCAUCAUCCUGAUGAAGUAACCAUGUUGUCGUGCGCGCCUCGGCCCGUGGCCAUGGCCAGAAAUAGUCAUGCCUUCCUUAGUAGGCAGGUGUCCCUAACCAAACUAUUCGGCCAAGUUCUUCAUACGCAUUUCCCUGUAGUGCAUUGGGGAGGGGGUGAAUGGGACGUGCUCACUUGUAAUUAAUAACUACUGAAUAAUGUGUAACGUCUAGAAUGAAUCUAUAUUGGUCAGAUCUAUUCUUAGAAUGCACGCGACGUCCCUUUAAAACUACACACUUCAUUUCUGCUUCUGAUACUUCUAUGUUGUCUGAGGGGGGGGGGUGGAGGGGUAUUGUAAACAACCCCCAAAACGAAACCAGGACACGCCAUGUCUUAAUAUAGAUCUAUAUAUCUUUUUUUUUAAAGUCUUAAAGCAAAAUUUAUAUUAAAAAAUCGAAAUGACUCAUUUACUACCAUUAGUUUAUUGAUGAUUGUACCCGAUAUCAUAGCCAUAUAUCCUAACAAAACCAGUGGACCGUGUAAGCCGUGAGAGUGUCUUACUCUGGUGGGGAGUGAUUUGUCGGAUGUAGAGGAAUGUCAUGAAUUAGUUGUGGGUGUGGAGCAUCGGAGGAGCCAGGGGUUGUGCCGCCUGAACGGAGAUAAGCUUUUUGUCGUCCCCCCGUCCCCACCCCCCCCCCCCCCCCCCUUCCCCCCCCCCCCCCCCCCCCCCCCGAUUUUUCCCCACGAAACAGCUCUCCAGAUGGCCGAAAAUGCAACCCCUGAAUGUAACUAAGAAAAAGAUGUCAGCCCGGGGUUGACCACCUCCUCCACGACACCCCUUCUUUCAAAUGUGGGAAGUGUGUGGGGGGGGGAUUGAUAAAGAUUAUUGGACCGGGCUGUUAGGGUGGUCGGUGGUUGACAAUGAGAUUAAUGAUGAGAUGGUGUGGUGGUUGACAAUGAGAUUAAUGUUGAGAUGGUGUAUAGGUUGGGGGGUUGUAAAGAUUUUAUUUUCGGCAGCUGACGUAAGUGGAGUGGGGUUGAGAAUACAAUCUUGCAAGUGUGUAUGUUAUUAAGACAACCCAUCUUUAUUUAUGUAAAUAUAAAUUUAACAUACGUUACAUUCGACCAGCUGUGGAAACGUUACCUCGUUGUGCGUGUGAAAGACGGGAACAGGUGCGAAAUUCUGCUAAUAAUUCCAGAUGGCACUCCAUAUAGCCACUAAUGGCUAGUUCUAUAGACUCUGUAAAGAGUGGCUAGUGACGGGAACUGAUGCUGUUUACGAUGGCUUGUAAGCUGCAAUGAACGUACGAUUUCAAUUACCAUCAUACACAGAAUACCUCGUGAGGGUUCAAAAACCCUGCCAAUGAGCGUACGAUAUAAAUACCUUAAGUCCAUACCAGUCAGAGAUCAGAGCAACCCAAAAACCCAAAGUCGGUAAGCAUACGAAAUGUAGAGCAACCAAUAGUCGCUUUUCCAGCCCUUAAGCUGUUAAGUGGAGAAAAAAAAUAGAAGGAAUUUAAUAUAAUAUCUCAACAACUGUUACAAAUGUUUUCCUCGUUAACUCCCUUGGGGUGGACAAGGUCCACUCCAGAACUAUUAUUAUAGAUGUAACAAUACUAUAUGGGCAACAAUGAAGACCACCACUUCUCCACCCCUCCCUCCACCACCACAAAUCUUUCUAAACAAAUUCGCCUAAUCACCGUCCCAAUUUAUCUUAUAAAGUAUUUAAUGUAACAAAAUUCUUCCUGAUUGGUAAACAGACUUCAAUAAAGCGACUUGAUCAGUUGUUCAAUCAUUUCUGGAUUGGUAAAAAGACUUCAAUAAAGCGACUUGAUCAGUUGUUCAAUCAUUUCUGGAUUGGUAAAAAGACUUCAAUAAAGCGACUUGAUCAGUUGUUCAAUCAUUUCCGAAAGGAAGCCCCUACACUUUGGAGGAAAAAGUAGGGUGGGGAGGGGGUGGUUGUUGCGACACAUUUGAUCCACCUGCAGGAAACCGUAUCAAAUCUUGGAAUAAUGAACGUCCCAGAUCGUACAGGUAGUGAGUAUCACUGUUUACAGGUAGGCGGGGGGGGGGGGUCAAUUAGGUUUUAAUUUUUUAACCAGCCGGGCAGGGGGGGGGAAGCCACCCCCCCCCCCUUUUCCGUUACUCCCUGUCUCUACGGCCCCUUGACAUUAAAUUUGAAAUGUCUGCUGAGUUAUUGAUUUAAACGUGUCUAACUAACCACGUCAACAGUAAAUAGCUGUGGCCGCCUCGGGUUGGGGGAAAUGUCAAACACGUUGUGGUGUGUACCCAGAGGUUGGUGUGGGGGGGGGGUGGAGUUGUUAGGUUGUGAUGGCAAGGGAAGGAGACGCGCGGUUAUGACAAACGAAAAUAAACAAACGCAUGUGAGCUAAGACUAUCGAAGAGAUCACGUGAAUCUGGACCAGUUGAGCCAACUUCAACUAGUCAGGAGGGUACGAUCCCAAUCAAGGCCAAUAACUUGUCCGGACUCUGCGCCCUGGUCUGGGGGGGGGGGGGGGGGGGGCUGGUGCCCAGGAGAUGUCGGAUUUAUGGGUUUAGGAGAAAUCUAGGGGAGUGUGGCUGGCACGAUAAUAUGAGAAAUGUCUGUUUGAGAAUAGAACAUUUACGUGAAUCUGGACCAGUUGAGCCAACUUCAACUAGUCAGGAGGGUACGAUCCCAAUCAAGGCCAAUAACUUGUCCGGACUCUGCGCCCUGGUCUGGGGGGGGGGUGGGGGCUGGUGCCCAGGAGAUGUCGGAUUUAUGGUUUUAGGAGAAAUCUAGGGGAGUGUGGCUGGCACGAUAAUAUGAGAAAUGUCUGUUUGAGAAUAGAACAUUUCUCUAUGGAUAUUGUCUAAUAAAGAAUUUUUUUUUUGUUUAUUUUUAGAAACAUGUCAUUGAUAGAGAAAUAUGACAUUGUUUAGAGCUGUUAAUGAUAUUUCUUUAAUCUCACUUUGACUUGCUCAAAAAACGACCAUUGAUGGAUUCCACAAGUGUGGGUUUAAUCAAUUUUUCUAGACCAUUUAUAAAUUUUAGAAAUUUUUAAAAUUUAGCGUCUUAAGGUUUAAGCUAUACGUUUAAAAUUGUCUGGGCUAAAUAUAUGUUUAAGACAAAGAUCAUACCUAGGAGGUAAGCCUUACAACUCUACUUGAGACAAAGCUCAUACCUAGGAGGUAAGCCUUACAACUCUACUUGAGACAAAGCUCAUACCUAGGAGGUAAGCCUUACAACUCUACUUGAGACAAAGCUCAUACCUAGGAGGUAAGCCUUACAACUCUACUUGAGACAAAGCUCAUACCUAGGAGGUAAGCCUUACAACUCUACUUGAGACAAAGCUCAUACCUAGGAGGUAAGCCUUACAACUCUACUGCAAAUGUAAAGUAUUAAAGUUGUUUUAUAUAGUGGGAACAUUUUUAACUUGAUAUGAAACUAACAUGACCUUGAACUAUAGCAUCAUUUAUGAACGAUCUAUAGGUAUAUUCUUGUCACUGUAAGUUUAUAUUUGAACAUGGUCAUCAUAUCACAACAUAUAGGUUGUAUUUGAACGUGGUCAUCAUAUCACAACAUUUAGGUUGUAUUUGAACGUGGUCAUCAUAUCACAACGUUUAGGUUAUAUUUGAACAUGGUCAUCAUAUCACAACAUUUAGGUUGUAUUUGAACAUGGUCAUCAUAUCACAACAUUUAGGUUAUAUUUGAACGUUGUCAUCAUAUCACAAUAUUUAGGUUGUAUUUGAACGUGGUCAUCAUAUCACAACAUUUAGGUUGUAUUUGAACGUGGUCAUCAUAUCACAACAUUUAGGUUGUAUUUGAACGUGGUCAUCAUAUCACAACAUUUAGGUUGUAUUUGAACGUGGUCAUCAUAUCACAACAUUUAGGUUAUAUUUGAACGUGGUCAUCAUAUCACAACAUUUAGGUUGUAUUUGAACGUGGUCAUCAUAUCACAACAUUUAGGUUAUAUUUGAACGUGGUCAUCAUAUCACAACAUUUAGGUUGUAUUUGAACGUGGUCAUCAUAUCACAACAUUUAGGUUAUAUUUGAACGUGGUCAUCAUAUCACAACAUUUAGGUUGUAUUUGAACGUGGUCAUCAUAUCACAACAUUUAGGUUAUAUUUGAACGUGGUCAUCAUAUCACAACAUUUAGGUUGUAUUUGAACGUGGUCAUCAUAUCACAACAUUUAGGUUAUAUUUGAACGUGGUCAUCAUAUCACAACAUUUAGGUUGUAUUUGAACGUGGUCAUCAUAUCACAACAUUUAGGUUAUAUUUGAACGUGGUCAUCAUAUCACAACAUUUAGGUUGUAUUUGAACGUGGUCAUCAUAUCACAACAUUUAGGUUAUAUUUGAACGUGGUCAUCAUAUCACAACAUUUAGGUUGUAUUUGAACGUGGUCAUCAUAUCACAACAUUUAGGUUAUAUUUGAACGUGGUCAUCAUAUCACAACAUUUAGGUUGUAUUUGAACGUGGUCAUCAUAUCACAACAUUUAGGUUAUAUUUGAACGUGGUCAUCAUAUCACAACAUUUAGGUUGUAUUUGAACGUGGUCAUCAUAUCACAACAUUUAGGUUAUAUUUGAACAUGGUCAUCAUAUCACAACAUUUAGGUUAUAUUUGAACAUGGUCAUCAUAUCACAACAUUUAGGUUAUAUUUGAACGUGGUCAUCAUAUCACAACAUUAGGGUUAUAUUUGAACAUGGUCAUCAUAUGACAACAUUUAGGUUAUAUUUGAACGUGGUCAUCAUAUCACAACAUUUAAGUUGUAUUUGAACGUGGUCAUUAUAUCACAACAUUUAGGUUAUAUUUGAACGUGGUCAUCAUAUCACAACAUUUAGGUUAUAUUUGAACAUGGUCAUCAUAUCACAACAUUUAGGUUGUAUUUGAACGUGGUCAUCAUAUGACAACAUUUAGGUUAUAUUUAAACAUGGUCAUCAUAUCACAACGUUUAGGUUAUAUUUGAACAUGGUCAUCAUAUCACAACAUUUAUGUUAUAUUUGAACAUGGUCAUCAUAUGACAACAUUUUGGUUAUAUUUGAACGUGGUCAUCAUAUCACAACAUUUAGGUUGUAUUAGAACGUGGUCAUCAUAUCACAACAUUUAGGUUAUAUUUGAACAUGGUCAUCAUAUCACAACAUUUAGGUUGUAUUUGAACGUGGUCAUCAUAUCACAACAUUUAGGUUGUAUUUGAACGUGGUCAUCAUAUCACAACAUUUAGGUUGUAUUUGAACGUGGUCAUCAUAUCACAACAUUUAGGUUGUAUUUGAACGUGGUCAUCAUAUCACAACAUUUAGGUUAUAUUUGAACGUGGUCAUCAUAUCACAACAUUUAGGUUGUAUUUGAACGUGGUCAUCAUAUCACAACAUUUAGGUUAUAUUUGAACGUGGUCAUCAUAUCACAACAUUUAGGUUGUAUUUGAACGUGGUCAUCAUAUCACAACAUUUAGGUUGUAUAUGAACGUGGUCAUCAUAUCACAACAUUUAGGUUAUAUUUGAACAUGGUCAUCAUAUCACAACAUUUAGGUUAUAUUUGAACAUGGUCAUCAUAUCACAACAUUUAGGUUAUAUUUGAACGUGGUCAUCAUAUCACAACAUUUAGGUUGUAUUUGAACAUGGUCAUCAUAUUACAACAUUUAGGUUAUAUUUGAACAUGGUCAUCAUAUCACAACAUUUAGGUUGUAUUUGAACGUGGUCAUCAUAUCAGAACAUUUAGGUUAUAUUUGAACAUGGUCAUCAUAUCACAACAUUUAGGUUAUAUUUGAACUUUGUCAUCAUAUCACAACAUUUAGGUUAUAUUUGAACAUGGUCAUCAUAUCACAACAUUUAGGUUAUAUUUGAACGUGGUCAUCAUAUCACAACAUUUAGGUUAUAUUUGAACGUGGUCAUCAUAUCACAACAUUUAGGUUAUAUUUGAACAUGGUCAUCAUAUCACAACAUUUAGGUUAUAUUUGAACAUGGUCAUCAUAUCACAACAUUUAGGUUAUAUUUGAACGUGGUCAUCAUAUCACAACAUUUAGGUUGUAUUUGAACAUGGUCAUCAUAUCACAACAUUUAGGUUAUAUUUGAACAUGGUCAUCAUAUCACAACAUUUAGGUUGUAUUUGAACGUGGUCAUCAUAUCACAACAUUUAGGUUAUAUUUGAACAUGGUCAUCAUAUCACAACAUUUAGAUUAUAUUUGAACGUGGUCAUCAUAUCACAACAUUAAGGUUAUAUUUGAACAUGGUCAUCAUAUGACAACAUUUAGUUUAUAUUUGAACGUGGUCAUCAUAUCACAACAUUUAGGUUGUAUUUGAACGUGGUCAUUAUAUCACAACAUUUAGGUUAUAUUUGAACGUGGUCAUCAUAUCACAACAUUUAGGUUAUGUUUGAACAUGGUUAUCAUAUCACAACAUUUAGGUUGUAUUUGAACGUUUUCAUCAUAUGACAACAUUUAGGUUAUAUUUGAACGUGGUCAUCAUAUCACAACGUUUAGGUUAUAUUUGAACAUGGUCAUCAUAUCACAACAUUUAGGUUAUAUUUGAAAGUGGUCAUCAUAUCACAACAUUUAGGUUAUAUUUGAACAUGGUCAUCAUAUCACAACAUUUAGGUUGUAUUUGAACGUGGUCAUCAUAUCACAACAUUUAGGUUGUAUUUGAACAUGGUCAUCAUAUCACAACAUUUAGGUUAUAUUUGAACAUGGUCAUCAUAUCACAACAUUUAGGUUGUAUUUGAACAUGGUCAUCAUAUGACAACAUUUAGGUUAUAUUUGAACGUGGUCAUCAUAUCACAACAUUUAGGUUAUAUUUGAACAUGGUCAUCAUAUCACAAGAUUUAGAUCAUAUUUGAACGUGGUCAUCAUAUCACAACAUUUAGGUUAUAUUUGAACAUGGUCAUCAUAUCACAAAAUUUAGGUUAUAUUUGAACGUGGUCAUCAUAUCACAAAUUUAGGUUAUAUUUGAACAUGGUCAUCAUAUGACAACAUUUAGGUUAUAUUUGAACAUCGUCAUCAUAUCACAAAAUUUUAGUUAAUAUUUGAACAUGGUCAUCAUAUCACAACAUUUAGGUUAUAUUUGAACAUGGUCAUCAUAUUACAACAUUUAGGUUAUAUUUGAAUAUCGUCAUCAUAUCACAACAUUUAGGUUAAAUUUUAACGUGGUCAUCAUAUCACAACAUUUAGGUUAUAUUUGAACAUGGUCAUCAUAUCACAAAAUUUAGGUUAUAUUUGAACGUGGUCAUCAUAUCACAACGUUUAGGUUAUAUUUGAACAUAAUAAUAAUAAUAAUAAUAAUAAAGUUCAUUUCAAAAACACGCUUCAUCCCCAAAGGCUCGAAGCGCGGUACAAAGUCAACAAAAAACAAAUCUAUAGUUUACCACAUUUAAAACAAACGCAACACGACAAAAACUAAGUACAAGCAUACAAUGGCAAAGUCUUUCUAGCCAUUUCAACCAUAAGCAACACAGCCAUUAUGCAUUAACUGGAAAAUAAUGUUGACAAUCAUCCCAGAAGGUGUUUGCGAAAUAGAUGUGUCUUUAAAUCGGUUUUAAAGGACUCCAGUGUCUGGUUGUUUCUGAGAUCGACAGGAAGGGCGUUCCAAAUUAGUGGACCAGCAAAUGCGAAAGUGCGCUUUCCGUAAGUCUCAAGGCAAACACAUGGUGUCGAGAGUUUGCCACUAUCGGAUGAGCGGAGCUCUCUAGUGGGUACAUAAGGCGUCAGCAGCUCUUUCAGAUAGGACGGCGCCAGGUCAUGUAAGCAGCGGUAGCACAAAGUUGCGAUUUUGUACUCCAUGCGAGCACGCACUGGCAGCCAGUGCAGCUCUCUCAGAAGUGUUUUUGCAUGGUCAAACUUGCGUUUGCGGAGAACAAUGCGAGCCGCAUUAUUCUGUGCUAUUUGAAUUUUAUCCAGGAGCGUAGCUGGAAGACCCACCAUAAGAGCAUUGCAAUAGUCCAUGCGUGAUAGCACAAAUGCAGACAUCAGCCUCUUUGUUGCAUCAAUUGUUAGGAAGGGCCUGAUGUGACUAAUCCUGCGCAGCUCUAGAAAAAUCGCCUUGCAUAGCAUGUUAAUAUGACUUUCAAAAGUUAGUCUUCCAUCUAGGUAGACACCCAGGUACCGCACUGUUUGAGCUAACUCAAUACGCACACCUGAGAGAGUAAUGGAUGUAGUGUUAUUUGCAGAUUUUUGCUUCUGAGCGGUCGCGAUGGGGAGCAGCUCAGUCUUAUCAUCAUUUAAUUUGAGCUUGUUUAUCGUCAUCCAGUGCUUAACCGACUCCAUUGUCUUCUGUGUCAUACUGAGCAGCUGAGGGAACUGAGAAGGGAUCACGGAUUGAUGAAGUUGUGUAUCGUCCGCGUACAUGUGAUACAACAUGUCAAACUGCCUGAUCUCUGCGCCCAGUGGCUGAAUGUACAUCGUGAAAAGCACUGGGCCUAGGACCGAGCCCUGGGGUACUCCGAAUUCGAUAUUAGAUUUCUUCGAAGUCAAGCCGUUUGAAAUAACUGACUGCACCCGAUUAGUCAGAUACGAUCGGAACCAACACAGGACGGUAUCAGUGAGACCGAACGUUUGUUGCAGACGCUGGAGCAAUAUGCCGUGGUCGAGCGUAUCGAAAGCUGCCGAUAAAUCGAGUAAAGACAAAAUCGAUACCUUGCCCUCAUCACAAGACGACAGAAGGUCGUUUACGACGCGCAACAGGGCUGUCUCAGUAGAGUGAUGCACCCUGUAUGCUGACUGGAAUGGUUCAAACAAGUUAAACUGAGUGAGGUGAUCCUGGAGUUGGCGGAGAACGACUUUUUCUAAGAUUUUAGAAAUAAAUGGUAGAUUUGAGAUGGGGCGAUAAUUUUCCAUCACAUUUGGAUCAAGAUUUGAUUUCUUUAAUAGUGGAGUAACGAUUGCCUCUUUAAAAGAUGAUGGAACAAUACCAGUAGUUAAGGACUGAUUUAUAAUAUAAGUGAUGAUGGGGACUAUUUCAUCCAGACAUUCAUACAAGAGCCCUGCUGGAAGAGGGUCAAGCGAACAUGACUUUCUUGGGGUAUCAGCGAGGAUUUUCCUCACAUUCGAUUCACUGACCUCAACAAAUUCAGCCAUAGAAGAACCGUUGAAUAUUGAGAAUUCUGGAGCAAUAUCGAUGCAACUGUCAAGUUUCGCUCUGAUCCUCUUAACUUUUGUAAUAAAGUAGUCAUUUAGAGCGUCUGGCAGCUCUUCUACAGCAAUGUUAUUUGGCAGAGAUGUAGCCUUGUUUUUACCGGUCAGCUGACCUACAAUGCGAAAUAAGUCCUUGCUUGAGCCGCUGCCUGUAAUCUGAUGACUAACAUACUCAGUCCUAGCUGCAAGGACCAACCUCUUGGUUCCUUCCCUGUGGUCAACAAAGAUUUGUCGGUGCACAGUCAAGCCCGACUUCCGCCAUUGGCGUUCUGCACGUCGCUGCUUCUGCUUCGCUUCCUUAAUUUCGGGCGUGAGCCAAGGGGCGGAAGGGCGGUCCGUAACUCGCCGUGUGGACAGUGGUGCAUGUUUGUCUAAAAUGACUCUGAGGCGACUGUUGUAGUCUUUAGCAGGGUCAUCUAAACCGCACUCAAGGGCUGCGACGUCACUUCUAAAGGCCGCUAGAUCUAUCUGUCGGAGGUUUCGGGAUGUUACUAAUCGCAGAAGGCGUUCUGGCUUCCUCAAGUCAAAGUCGAAGGCGACUGGGAAGUGAUCAGAAAUAAGUUUGUCCUCAAUAAUGAGGUUUUGGAUCAUAGCUGCCCGGUCCUCUCUGACAACUAGCCAAUCUAGGAUGUGACCUCGCUUCUGCGUCGGGACACUGACAAGCUGAGUCAUUCCGUGUGUGUCAAGAGCUGAUUUUAGGGUCUUCACGUAGCUGUCGGUGGUGGAGUCGAAAUGGCAGUUUAUGUCGCCGAUUAUGAUGACAUUGUUGUUGCUGGUGGCAUACAUGUCAAGGAGCUGUAUAAACUCCACAGUAAACUGACAGAUCUUCAACUUAUUUUGCUUAUUUGGAGGUGGCCUGUAUAUGCAGAGAAAUGUCAUCACUUGUUCACCAUAAUCAAGUUGCAUUUUGCACAUUUCAAAUGAAACAAUGAAAAAAUGUAUCGGCUGUUUUCCGAGUUACGGACAUGGUCAUCAUAUCACAAAAUUUAGGUUAUAUUUGAACGAUGUCAUCAUAUCACAACAUUUAGGUUGUAUUUGAACAAGGUCAUCAUAUCACAACAUUUAGGUUAUAUUUGAACGUGGUCAUCAUAUCACAACAUUUAGGUUAUAUUUGAACAUGGUCAUCAUAUCACAACAUUUAGGUUAUAUUUGAACGUGGUCAGCAUAUCACAACGUUUAGGUUAUAUUUGAACGUGGUCAUCAUAUCACACAUUUAGGUUAUAUUUGAACAUGGUCAUCAUAUCACAACAUUUAGGUUGUAUUUGAACGUGGUCAUCAUAUCACAACAUUUAGUUUAUAUUUGAAUAUGGUCAUCAUAUCACAACAUUUAGUUCAUAUUUGAAUAUGGUCAUCAUAUCACAACAUUUAGUUUUUAUUUGAAUAUGGUCACAAUAUCACAAUAUAAUGAGUAAAACAGAGUAGGGUUAAACCUGAAAAAAGAAACGCAACAAAACGGCGAACGUGUCGGCAGAAAGCCUUCGUCAGUGAACAAAACAACAUAAAAAACGGUAUAAAAAUAAGAAAUAGCACUUAGCUGGUAAGUAGUAUCUGUGGGCAGCAAAAGUAAAAUUGAUAAAAAUAAUUUAACUGCUUUUUAAAUUGUUAACCAAGCACCAAGAUCUAGCUUUGUAUUGUUAACAUUGAAUAGAUUUUUACUUAUUUUUUACUUAUUUUUCAGUCCAAAAGUAAGCUGUUAUCAAAUUUAUAAAGUAAUAAAAACUUAACUUUUAAGAGUACAUUUAAUUAGAAAAUGCCGUUUAAGUCGAUUAGUGCAGCGAAACUUUAUAGCCAAAUAGCACUCACUAAUUAACGUAAUACAGUAUCAAUUAUCCAAAUAAGAACAAACCAGAUGAAGUUGCAAUUGGUUCAUCUUGGUAUUUAUAUCCUACUACCCAAUUAUGUGACACAUUUGAAGUUUGGCAUAGCUCUAAAUACAGUAUUAAAAUAAACAAACAUAACAUUUCAAUAUACGGUAUUACGCGUAGAAUUAUGUCUAUACUAUUUUUAUAAAAUAUAAAACAGUGUCUGGUAAAAGAGAUCUGGGACUUGAGAGUUUGAAUUAAGUUCAGGGAGAGGCGUUCAAAAAUGGUGUGGUAGCGCCACGUAAAGGGGGGGGGGGGCUGCUAUCCCGUGAAUGAUUUUUUAACUUUGUAAUUAUAAAAGUGUGUGUGUGUGUGUGUGGGGGGGGGUGGUGAAUUCGAUACUUUCGUUUUGCCCCAGGCAGCACAAGAUACGCAUGAGAAUAGAGGAAUAAAUUUGAUAAUUAAUUAACUUUUUAAUCGGGGGUAGUAAAUAGAGUGGGUACAUUUCGACGUGGAUUACGCCAUCUUUAAAUCCAAUGAUAUUACUGUCACGAAAAAUAGGUGUUCAUUUUUUUUACAAAUAAAUAUUUAAUAUAAAAAUUAACAAAAUACAGUUCAAUAGCGUUGACAAACCGUGGGUACGUCUACAUAAGUAUACCCAUACCUCAUAUAAACAUAUCAAAACCCAACAAUUUUACACAUGUGAAAAUCUAAUCUUAAAAAUAGAACCACAUUUUUUUUUUCCUUUACAGUUAUUGGUCAUAAAAAAGAUUGGUUUAGAUUGUCUUUCAAAAUAUGAAAAAAAUAUUUUUGUUUCCCUUUAGGAAAAGUAAAGUGGGUGUAAAGUUUUAUGAGAUUAAUAUUUCUUUAAAAAAAAAAAACAACACAAAAGGCUGUUACAGAUUAGAAAAUUGGUUAAGAGAUUUUUUAAAAUAAACAAAUUCUGUGUUUUUCGAUUUUCCUUUAAAAAAAAAAGAGGCAAAAGUUUUGGUUCAACUUUUAAGGCAGAUACCAAAAGAUAUCGAAUUCCAGUAAUGUCAAAUAUAUUUGAAAUGGCAUAUAGAUUUUUUUUUGGAAAUUUAAGGUCAUGUUAUAACAAUUUCUAGGGGGAAAAAACUGGUAGUUCAGUGGCUCGAAAAGUGGUACGUUAGGCGUUUGAUAAAUAGCAGAGAAAUACUUCUCAAAACUUAAUAAUGUUCGAAACGUAAACAUCUUUCUACAGAUUUUCUUGCUGACCUCUCGGAUAGGGGGCCUACUACAUUUCAGCUCAGUAUCUAUUUUUAUUGUGUUCUGUUUUUACUGUUUUACUUGCCGACACGUUCGUUGUUUGUUGACUUCUUUAUACAGGUAUUCCCAUACUUCCCCCCCCCCCAUAUAUUUCCAUCUUUUUAAAAUAUGGAAUUGUAAUGAGUUUUUGCAAUAGCAGAUAGGAAUUAUCACAAAGUGUCCACCAUUAUUAUCCCGAUAACAUCAGGUCAUUUAUAUAUAUAUAUAUAAACUCAUAUUCAGGGCGCACUAAUUUCAUUUAUAUAUAUAUAUAUACAUAAAUGAAAUUAGGGCGCCCUGAAUAUGAGUUCCAUUUACUAUGCAUGUCGUUUGAUCAAGAUCCAUUAACCCAGGGGUUCUCAACCUUUCUAAUGCAGCGACCCUUUAAUACAGUUUCUAAUGUUGUGCGACCCCCAAUAACAAAAAUAUUUUUGUUGAUACGAUAUAACUGUAUAGUAUAUGUGUUUUUAGAUGGUCUUAGGCGACCCCUGUGAAAGGGUCGUGCGACCCCCAAAAGGGUCCCGACCCACAGGUUGAGAACCGCUGCAUUAACCCAUUUACCAUUAUGUGAAACAAACAUAACUUGUUCCACUAUUUUUCACGAUCUAAUGUCAGUAAUAACCUAUUAGAUAGCAGCUUUAUGUGUGUGGCAUUUAAGAAGCUUAUAAUAAUUGUAAAACAAAUACAUAAUUUGAAUGCUAAGAAGGGGCAUGAACUAUAGACUGAAAUUGUUCCGUGUGUAACACAUUGUGCCUUGAUAAAUUGUACCUUGACACAUUGUGCCUUGAUACAUUAUGCCUUGACACAUUGUGCCUUGAUACAUUGUGCCUUGACACAUUGUGCCUUGAUACAUUGUGCCGUGACACAUUGUGCCUUGAUACAUUGUGCCUUGACACAUUGUGCCUUGAUACAUUGUGCCUUGACACAUUGUGCCUUGACACAUUGUGCCUUGAUACAUUGUGCCUUGAUACAUUGUGCUGUGACACAUUGUGCUGUGACACAUUGUGCCUUGACACAUUGUGCCUUGAUAUAUUGUGCCUUGACACAUUGUGCCUUGAUACAUUAUACAUUGUGCCGUGACACAUUGUGCCUUGAUACAUUGUGCCUUGACACAUUGUGCCUUGAUACAUUGUGCCUUGACACAUUGUGCCUUGACACAUUGUGCCUUGAUAAAUUGUGCCUUGAUACAUUGUGCUGUGACACAUUGUGCUGUGACACAUUGUGCCUUGACACAUUGUGCCUUGAUAAAUUGUGCCUUGACACAUUGUGCCUUGAUACAUUGUGCCUUGAUAAAUUGUGCCUUGAUACAUUGUGCCUUGAUACAUUGUGCUGUGACACAUUGUGCCUUGACACAUUGUGCCUUGACACAUUGUGCCUUGACACAUUGUGCCUUGAUACAUUGUGCCUUGACACAUUGUGCCUUGAUACAUUGUGCCUUGAUACAUUGUGCCUUGAUACAUUGUGCCUUGAUACAUUGUGUCUUGUAUACAUUGUGCCUUGACACAUUGUGCCUUGAUACAUUGCUAUACUCAUAAAAUGGCCUCCUGUUUGGUGACGUAUUUUUCGACUGAAUGCUGAUUAGGGCUGAACCACAAACGUGCGAAUGCCUCUUCCAGAAACACCUUCUAUAGGUUGGUAAUGUAAGUUAAUAAGAGAUCACACCAUCCCCCACCCCCACCCCGGGUUUAACCCUUAGUUACGCCAAUGCACACCUUAAACACGCCCCUGAACUAUGUCAUAAUUCUAAAGACCCACCCCCAUCCCGUACACAAUGAUCUGUAGUUUCUUCAAAUGGUGGGAAUAAGACUAAUCACGUAUUUCCGUGUAUAUCAAGAAUAUGGUUGCAUUGAACAGCGAAUCUUUUGUUAAAAGAAUUAUCUCAAAUCAUUGCUGUAGCCCGUGAACGUCCCAUCUACAAGAGUCACUAGACAAAACAUGCAUUUAAGGAACGCUAGAGUCACGUAACAAAACAUGCAUUUAAGUAACGCUAGAGUCACGUGACAAAACAUGCAUUUAAGUAACGCUAGAGUCACUUGUCAAAACAUGCAUUUAAGUAACGCUAGACUCACGGUAUUUUUAAGAAUUUCUUUAGCGACCUAAUCGGGAAGUUUAUUAAGUGACAUCAACGCCAUUGGGUAGUCUUUUGAAAGCGCUCUUUUCUGUGAACAUAGAUCAUAGCUUUAUUUAAAUCACUGACUAAAUCUCUUUCACGGUAUCUAUAAAAAUCGCACCAAUGACCUGCUAUUAUUAAAUCUCUCUCUCUCUCUCUCUCUCUCUCUCUCUCUCUCUCUCUCUCUCUUCCUCUCUCCAGGGUAUAACGCCCUUUCUCACCCUCUCUAUCUCUCCCGCGCUCUCCCUCUCUAUCUGACUCUUUCACAAUCUCCCGCUUUCCUCUCUUUCUCUCCCCCCCCCUCUCUCUCUCUCUCUCUCGCUAUCACACACACACACACACACAUAUAAAAACAUUCACACUGACGUUUAUUUAGUAGAUUAGGAUUCGCCAUCUUUUAUCAAUUUAAUUGCCACGGAUUUGGAGUUUUAUUGUACGCGCUUAUUGAGCAGUCAUUACAACAGCCAUUCCCAGGCGGAUGUACAUAUGUGACGUCAUAGGAACAGUCAUUACAACAGCCAUUCCCAGGCGGAUGUACAUAUGUGACGUCAUAUGAACUGUCAUUACAGCAGCCAUUCCCAGGCGGAUGUACAUAUGUGACGUCAUACGAACAGUCAUUACAACAGCCAUUCCCAGGCGGAUGUACAUAUGUGUCGUCAUAUGAACAGUCAUUACAACAGCCUUUCCCAUGCGGAUGUACAUAUGUGACGUCAUAUGAACUGUCAUUACAGCAGCCAUUCCCAGGCGGAUGUACAUAUGUGUCGUCAUAUGAACAGUCAUUACAACAGCCAUUCCCAUGCGGAUGUACAUAUAUGUCGUCAUAGGAGCAGUCAUCAACAUAUAUGAAGUCAUUCCCAGGUGGAUGAACCCAUUUGACGUCAUACAACACAAAAUGUGUUCAUGUGUUCUCAACAUAUUAAAGAAUUAACGGAUGAGCAAAUAGGAUAAUAUCACGUGUACAGGGGUGCGAGGCUUUUACACAACUGUACGCCGAUCAGAUUCAUGUACAAUAAAUGUCCUCUUAACAACAGUUUUCCUGACAAGACAACGGACUACGCGGUCUUUUUUAUCCGUUUUAUCCGGACAUUUGGACAAAAGACAGUCGGCCAAUCAAAUGUUCCACCGUUCACGUAAAUGCAUUGAGAGAUUGGGGCACGUGCGACGUUACAGCAAUGUGAUGGGAUGGGGUAUGGUGGGGGGGGGGGAGAGAAAUCGUACAGAAAAUGAAUGACAGAAGAGGCGAGUUUAACCUUGAAUUGACCUUAACUACACGCGGCUGUAGCGGAAGUGGAUAAGGGCGGGGCAGGUGAAUUGAGGCAAUCAGCCAAGGAAAGGGCGUGUUCAAAGAAAAACAAUUUUGUGCUAAUAAUGCUUUUUAGACUGCUACAGUAAUUAGCCAGGUUGAGCCUCUCGAAACGCACCGAGCAACGCCGGCAACUGUACGGUGCAACACCGGCAACUUUACGGUGCAACUCCGGCAACUGUAAGGUAACGCAAAAAAUGUUAAACUGUGAUGGAUUUGACAGGUUUGCGAAUUUUUUUCCCUCUCAUCCGAUUCCUGCCAUUACUGCUUAACGUGAAUGUCAGACUAUAUUUGGAAGUCACCUGCCAUUACUGCUUAGCGUGAAUGUCAGACUAUAUUUGGAAGUGACCUGCCAUUACUGCUUAACGUGAAUGUCAGACUAUAUUUGGAAGUGACCUGCCAUUACUGCUUAGCGUGAAUGUCAGACUAUAUUUGGAAGUCACCUGUCACACUGCUCCGUGUGUCUGUCUUAGAUGUGCUUGUCUUUAUUUGUGUCUACCUUCAGUGUCUUUAUGUAUGCUGUCUUAAUGUUCCUAUGUGUCUUGUGUAUACCAUUUUAUGUGCAUGUGUAUCAAUGUCUUUCUGCAAUGCAUUACCAUGUUUCUGUCUAUCCGCGUGUCUGUCAAAAUAGGUCUGUCAAACUAUGCGUGUUGUCCGUUCAUCUAGUUAUGAACUGAACUAGUCAGUUCUUGACUACCUAUGUGCAUGUCUAUGUAUCCUUCAGUGUCUAAAUGGGCGUAUGUCUAACUAUGAGUGUUGUCUGUGAGUCUAGCCUCUAAACACGCAGCCUGCCCAUCGGUUGGUCACCUUCUUGCUAGUCUCACUAAGUCUGUCUAACUUAACAUCUGUCGAAUCUAUAUUCAUCAAUUACUAUUACAUUCAUCCAUUGGUUGAAUAUGUCUGCUAAUGUUAUUUUCUCAGAUGGAAACGUCUAUUGGUAAUAUGUCUCAACAUAUAAGACACACCAUACAAGGGAGACCAACAAGACCAAGGGAGACAAACCAAAAGAGACCCUGUCACUGUUACAGCCAGGCGUCACCGAAAGCGACCAAAGUUCCUAUCAGAACGAGGUCCCGACUUCGGGGUGUGGCUUGUUUGUUAUUCGCUACGUUGCUAUUGGUUGCCGUGGUGGUGGGUGUGUCCAGACUAGGCACCAAGCCCACCCUCCAUGUCACCUUCCCAGCUUCUAAUACCUUCCGUAAGUUGAAAAAUGCACAUAACGACGUCAGUCGUGCAAUGCAUAUUAUGACGUAAUAUCAUAUACACUAGGAUGUACGUUGUACGUUAGGACAUAAGGUGUAUGUUACACAAUAGGACAUAAGUUGUAUAUUACACAAUAGGACAUAAGAUGUAUAUUACACAAUAGGACAUAAGGUGUAUGUUACACAAUAGGACAUAAGGUGUAUAUUACACAAUAGGACAUAAGGUGUAUGUUACACAAUAGGACAUAAUUGAUAUGCACAUUAAAACAUAAUUUGUACAACACACAAUAGGACAUAAGUUGUAUGCCCAUUAGGACCUAAGGUGUACAAUACACAGAAUGAAAUUUGUACAUAAGGAUUUAAGAUGUGCAAUACACAAUAGAACAUACGUUGAAUAUUAGGACGUAAGUUUAACAUUAGGUAGUAAGUUUAACGUUAGGACAUAAAUUGUACAAUACACAAUAGGUUGUAGGGUGUACAUUAGGAUGUAAGUUGUACAUUACACAAUAGGUCAUAAGGUGUAUGUUUAUUAGGACAUAAGGUUUACAAUGCACAUUAUAACGGGUGUUUUUCUAGAACUUGUAUAUUACUAUGUGGUAGACAUGGUUGACAGGGAAUUUGUAUGUUUAGUAUGCUGUAUAUGUGUUUGAUUAGGAAGUGUAUAUCACUACAAACUGUGUAUUUUGUAUUCCUGCUUACAGUUACAGAUUUGCCUGUUUCUUCAUACCAAUAUUUUCCAAUUAAAAUAUUUGUUUUGUCCUUGAUACUUUAAAUGUCUUAUUUCAUUGAUAAACAAAUAAUUGUUGAAUGUUCUCAAGGUAUCAACUCUAACAACUGAUGCCAUAAACCGUUAAUGUUCUCAAGGUAUCAACUCUAACAACUGAUGCCAUAAACCGUUAAUGUUCUCAAGGUAUCAACUCUAACAACUGAUGCCAUAAACCAUUACUGUUCUCAAGGUAUCAACUCUAACAACUGAUGUCAUAAACCGUUUGUGUGUCCACAGGAAAAGUAAGGAUGUUCUCAGAUUUCCCAGACCUCACCCAACUCUCAAGAAACCAUUCCAGUUUGUCCCUUGUUUCUAGACUACAACUGUUAGGUGAGUUGUGACAGCUGUCAGGCACUUCCAUGAUGAUGGUCCUUUAGCUGACCAACCCAGGUGUAGGGCGUUUGGGUUCUUACCCCACAUGGUAUCUGCCAUAAGCCAAUGGUAUCUACCCAUAAACCAAUGGUAUCUACCCAUAAACAAUGGUAUCUACCCAUAAACAAUGGUAUCUACCCAUAAACAAUGGUAUCUACCCAUAAACCAAUGGUAUCUACUAACCCAUAAACAAUGCUCUCUACCCAUAAGCCAAUAGAAUCUACCCAUAAACCAAUGGUAUCUACUAACCCAUAAACAAUGGUAUCUACCCAUAAACCAAUGGUAUCGACCCAUAAACAAUGGUAUCUACCCAUAAACAAUGGUAUCUACCCAUAAACCAAUGGUAUCUACCCAAACUUUGCUGGCGACCUUAAAAGAUGAACAAAUUUCAGAACUUGAAAAAAACAAAAACAAAUUAAUUGAGUGGGCACCGGUCGCUAUCUUCAAUGUGUCAGUCCAUCCCAUUAAAAGCCCAGGAAUCCCUGGCCUAAACUGCAUUAAGACAUAACCUCUUCCUGAUAAUAUUUUUAUACACCAGAAUUCUACAAAAUAUUUUACAAAGUGCAAUUUAUAACAUUUUUUUGGUAUGUUUAUGCAAUUUUUUCCCAUAUAUUUUUUUGCUAUUUUUUUUUAUGAAUUCUGUUAGUUUUUUUAAUAAGCUGACUUUUCAACAGGGUUUUUCAAGCUAUAAAUUUCAUGUGAUAUCAACAAAUUAAAUUCAAUAAAUGUUAAUGGAUAAUUGUUUACAAAGUUAUUCCAUGAAAUAAUUAUACCUUCUCUGCCUGGCAACCCCCCCCCCCUCCCCCCACUGCCAUGAUGCAGACACUCAGAGAUGUAGAGAUGACUUGAGGAGCUGCCAGAUAAGUGUCGUAUGUGAUGCUGCCACUAUAAAAUCAAUUAAUUUUAAAAGAAAAUUUUUUACAAAGUUAUUCCAUGAAAUAAUUUCACCUUCUCUUCCUAGCAACCCCCCCCCCCUCCCCCCACUGCCAUGAUGCAGACACUCAGAGAUGUAGAGAUGACUUGAGGAGCUGCCAGAUAAGUGUCGUAUGUGAUGCUGCCACUGACCAGUCAGUCAACUGUCGAUGUAGGACAGGGUUUUACUUCAAGGAAUGGCAAUGUCACGGUACUCCAUUUUUCUUAUGUCACAUCAUUAGUCUUAUGUCAUGUCAAUAUUCUUAUGUUAUGUCAUUAGUCUUAUUUCAUGUCAUUAGUCUUACAUCAUGUCAUUAGUCCAUAUCAUAUAAUUAGGAUAUCAUAAAUCUUAUGUCACAUCAUUAUUGUCAGUUCACAAGAUCAAAUUCCUUUCAAAGAGGCAUCACAUUUUUUUAUGAAUGCACUAUUUUGUGCUUAAUUUGUUUGGUUUUUUUUAGACAAAAAUGAGAAUUUGAUCAAAUCAUAAUUUGAAAGUUGUGACACAGCUGCAUACCAAAAUUGCAUUAAAUGUAUGAACAAAAUUUUAAAAGGAAUUUGAUGGUGUGAACUGAGUCUAUGUCUUAUGUCUUGUCUCAUGUCACAUUAUUUUUAUUAUUUCAUAUGUCAUGUCAUUAGUUUCAUGUCACAUCAUUAGUAUUAUGUCAUUAGUCUUAUGUUAUGUCAUUAGUCUUAUGUUCCCUUUUUUAAUGAAUGAUAUUUUUAUGUAUCAGUUUUGAGACAUUAUUUAUAUGUGAAAACUCUUUGUAUUUUCAUAAUUUCAUUUGUGAUUAAAAUUAUAAUUUAACACUUGAUUUUAAAAUUCAAUUGUAGUUAAAAAAAAUUUAUUAUAAAUUCAUUGUUCAAAAUUGAUUUCCCUGUCCUAUAAUUUUUCAUGUGUUGUUAUUUUUUAUGUUGCCCAGAGUGCAAGAGUCGGUGUCCAGCCAACCAUUUCCUGGUCUCCACAUGUUCUGGUCAUUCAGAUGCCAUAUGCAAGCGUAAGUUAUCUGAACAUUUUUAACAAUCUUAGAUUAUGUGAAAAAGAUUUGUAGCUUUGCAUUAGAGAUUUUAGAAUCUCAGAAAUAGAUUUGGGACAUCAUAUUAGAAAUCUUAGAAAAUCUGUUUUUUGUGAUUAUCUAACAGCAUGCACAGUUUGUGGUAAAACACAGUAUGCAGCAGCACAGUGCAACACUCACAGGGACACAAUCUGUAUUGGUAAGUGUUCACCCUUUCUAUCAAAUGAAAAUUAAGGUAUAAGCUUUUUGCGUCCCCCCUUCCACGAAAAAAAAAACUCUGCAGGUGGCAGAAAGUGCACCCUCAGUAUAAGAGGAAAAAAGCCCCCUCCCCCAACCGGCCACACCCCUUUACUAAGUCACUGUAUCCACUCUUAAUAUACAACUUGAAAUCCAUAUGAUAUACACAUCAUUUUAAAAAAACAGCCUUCUUGCCCUAGAAAAUUUAACUGUAACUUUUGGCACUACUUACCUUAGAAAUAGAUCAGGUAUAAAGCUUCCUUUGAAGAAAUAGACUGUGCAAAUUUCACUUUGUCUUUUAUUGAUGUUCUGUUUGUUUCCUGGUGUGUAUCAAUUUCAGUCCCUAAAUAUAUUAUUUAUAUUCAGUACUAAAGCAGUUUACUGGUACUUAGUUGAUUAUAUAUUUAUAAUGUCAUGUAAAUUUAUUUCCUCCAUAGAAGCUUAUGUCUGUGUCUGUCCUCAUCUCUUACAGAGGCCGGCUUAAAAAAUAUAUUAGUUACUCCUUGUAAAAAUAAAAACUCACUCUUAAACCCCAAAGCCGCCACCCUUAAAACCCUAAACCCAAAGAACCAUCUCCAUCAAAAACUUGUGAUUGGUUUAGUUAGCUGAAAUAGGCACUGCCUCAAAAUAAUAAAAUAGAGAUAUAGGCCAACAUUUUUCUUCUCUUAAAUUUUCAAGUACAUGCCGUUUUAUUUUUGGUCCUAAAAUCUACAUCUGCAUCUGCACUUGCUGAUUGCUGUUUUUCUUUAAUAGAUGUGUCAUUUCCUGUUGGCAUACUUCCUGGCAAUAAAUCACAUUUACCCGAUGGUAAGUAGCUACAGUUAGUUAAGGAAAAGCAAUAAACAAAUAAUUUACAGGUGAGCCUCUGUUAUCAUUAAGUUUUUAAAAAUAUUUCUUGCUCACUGAAUGAAAUAAUUAAGCUGAUGCUUAGAUCACUUUAGCUUCAUAUUUUGAUUUUACUGGUCUGUUUGAUUAGUUAAAAAUGAUCAUUAGUGGAAAAAAAAAAUUAAAUUCCUGUUUGAAAAAAAACAAAAAGAAACAAACAUUAAAGAUUUUGUUACGUACUGUUAUCAGUAUGAGUAUGGAGAAAUUAUUCUCUUAUUUAAGUAUAUGGCUCAUUCUAAAACAGUACACAACAAAAGACGAUACCAUAAAUUAAAUACAAUAACAAAGAAACUGAUACCCAAACUAGGGCUUAUUACAAUAAUUUUAUCAAGUUAAUAAUAAAUUACAAAAUCAAAAAGAAAUAAAAUUAAAGCUAUUAACUUACAGUAUGAUUUGUUUGUACCGGUACAAUGUUGAAGAAGAUACAGUGUUGUAAAAGGUACAACAUGAUGAAAAAGGAAUCUACACACACACACACAGCAAAUGUUAGUAAACAAAUCUCUGUCUCGUAUAGCAAAUCUCUAUCGCAAUAUCAAUAGGGAUAGCAAAAAUAUAUCUCUCUUCCUUCUGUCACUCAAUCUCUCUAGGCGUAUAUAUAUGGGCUGUUUCAGGGAUAUUUUAGAACGGGUUUGCACAUUUUAUUCCUUUCUUGAAUUUUCUCGAUUUUUCUUACAUAAUUCUAAUAUUACACAAGACAGAUUUUAUUUAUUUGUAAACAAGGUCAAGGGAGACUAUUUUAAUUAGCCACACCCAAACAAGCUGUUGAAUCUUGGGGUCAGCUAAAGUUCAUUCACUGGGAAAGAUGAUGUAGACCUGUUGUCUGUAUAACAAUAUGAAUUGGUCAAAUAAUGAUAUUACUGUAAACAUAAUUUUUCAACCAGAACAUUUUCAAGCAUACUUUAAUCCCUGGAGUAAUAUAGUGCAUCAGAAAUAGCUCUGCCACAGACACUACUUACAUUUUUAAUAAAUUUUCUUCAAGUUACAGUUAAUAACCUCCUGAUAUUAUUCCUUGCAGAUGGCAUUAAGAUAUCUGUGAGUUACUCCCCCAACAUCUUCAUGGAGCGUCUCAUCAAUAUGGAGGCUCUGGAAACUCCGAUGUACAUCACAAACAACCAGCAGAGUCUAGACUUCGUCUGGCCACGCCAAUCCGGCCUAGACAUUGCCGUCAGCAUCUCAGGGGUGUUUCUUGUCCCUGACUACCAUGACCUGGAGGCGGUUGAUGAUACUGCUUUGUUUCAAAAGUUGAAUGAGCCAAGUCAGGCCAUGAAACAAUAUUAUAAUUAUGUUCAAAAUAACUACUGCAGGUAAAGUAUUAAUUAGUGAAAUCAAAGUUGCAGGAAUGACUUAAAUUUAAAGUAUGAUUCAUAUAGAUCUAUUAUUAAAAAGCACUUCAGAAUUCCUAUGAGGUAACUAAUUAAAAGAUAAAUUCAAUUAAGUUAUUAAUUCAUGCUCUAAAUGUGUGCUAGUCUUAAAUAAAAUUCAAGUAUUGUAACACAUAGAAUAUAAUCAACCCCUCCCACCCUCUUGAGCCAUUGAAACCUUUGAAACAUCAUUUUCAACAUCUUUACCAAAUUUGGGUCUUCUGGUCCCAUGAAACCAAUUAUUGAUUUAUUGUUUAUUGUCAUUGUUAUUAUUUGAUGUAUUUAUUUAACUCAAUCAAUGACUCAAUCAAUGACUCAAUCAAUAACUCAAUCAAUGACUCAAUCGAUGACUCAGUCAAUAACCUAAUCAAUGACUCACUCAAUGACUCUAUCUAUGACUCAAUCAAUGACUCAAUCAAUGACUUGGUCAAUAACAUAAUCAAUGACUCAAUCAAUGACUCAAUCAAUGACUCAAUCAAUGACUCAAUCAAUGACUCAGUCAAUAACCUAAUCAAUGACUCAAUCAAUGACUCUAUCUAUGACUCAAUCAAUGACUCAAUCAAUGACUCGGUCAAUAACAUAAUCAAUGACUCAAUCAAUGACUCAGUCAAUAACCUAAUCAAUGACUCAAUCAAUGACUCAAUCAAUGACUCAAUCAAUGACUCAAUCAAUGACUCAAUCAAUGACUCAAUCAAUGACUCAAUCAAUGACUCAAUCAAUGACUUGGUCAAUAACAUAAUCAAUGACUCAAUCAAUGACUCAAUCAAUGCCUCAGUCAAUAACCUAAUCAAUGACUCAAUCAAUGACUCUAUCUAUGACUCAAUCAAUGACUCAAUCAAUGACUCGGUCAAUAACAUAAUAAAUGACUCAAUCAAUGACUCAGUCAAUAACCUAAUCAAUGACUCAAUCAAUGACUCAAUCAAUGACUCAAUCAAUGAGUCAGGCAAUAACCUAAUCAAUGACUCAAUCCAUGACUCUAUCAAUGACUCAAUCAAUGACUCAAUCAAUGACUUGGUCAAUAACCUAAUCAAUGACUCAAUUUAUGACUCAAUCAAUGACUCAGUCAAUAACCUAAUCAAUGACUCAAUCAAUGACUCAAUCAAUGACUCAAUCAAUGUCUCAAUUAAUAACACAAUCAAUGACUCAAUAAAUGACUCUGUCAAUAACCUAAUCAAUGACUCAAUCAAUAACUCAAUCAAUGUCUCAAUCAAUAAUACAAUCAAUGACUCAAUCAAUGACUUGGUGAAUAACAUAAUAAAUGACUCAAUCAAUGACUCAAUCAAUGACUCAAUCAAUGACUCAAUCAAUGACUCAAUCAAUGACUCAAUCAAUGACUCAAUCAAUGACUCAAUCAAUAAAUCAAUCAAUGACUCAAUCAAUGACUCAGUCAAUAACAUAAUAAAUGACUCAAUCAAUGACUCAAUCAAUGACUCAAUCAAUGACUCAAUCAAUGACUCAAUCAAUGACUCAAUCAAUGACUCAAUCAAUAACUCAAUCAAUGACUCAAUCAAUGACUCAAUCAAUGACUCAAUCAAUGACUCAAUCAAUGACUCAAUCAAUGACUCAAUCAAUGAGUCAGGCAAUAACCUAAUCAAUGACUCAAUCAAUGACUCUAUCUAUGACUCAAUCAAUGACUCAAUCAAUGACUCAAUCAAUGACUCAAUCAAUGAGUCAGGCAAUAACCUAAUCAAUGACUCAAUCAAUGACUCAAUCAAUGACUCAGUCAAUAACCUAAUCAAUGACUCAAUCAAUGACUUAAUCAAUUUGUCAGGCAAUAACCUAAUCAAUGACUCAAUCAAUGACUCUAUCAAUGACUCAAUCAAUGACUCAAUCAAUGACUCAAUCAAUGUCUCAAUUAAUAACACAAUCAAUGACUCAAUAAAUGACUCUGUCAAUAACCUAAUCAAUGACCCAAUCAAUAACUCAAUCAAUGUCUCAAUCAAUAAUACAAUCAAUGACCCCAUCAAUGACUCAAUCAAUAAAUCAAUCAAUGACUCAAUCAAUGACUCGGUCAAUAACAUAAUAAAUGACUCAAUCAAUGACUCAAUUAAUGACUCAAUCAAUGACUCAAUCAAUGGCUCAAUCAAUGACUCAAUCAAUGAGUCAGGCAAUAACCUAAUCAAUGACUCAAUCAAUGACUCUAUCAAUGACUCAAUCAAUGACUCGGUCAAUAACCUAAUCAAUGACUCAAUCAAUAACUCAAUCAAUGACUCUAGCAAUGACUCAAUCAAUAAUACAAUCAAUGACUCAAUCAAUGACUCAAUCAAUAAAUCAAUCAAUGUUUCAAUCAAUAACUCAAUCAAUGACUCAAUCAAUGACUCAAUCAAUGUCUCAAUCAAUAUCUCAAUCAUUAAUCGAAUCAAUUCUAAUUAUGCUGUAAAGCACCAAACAGUUGCAAUAGCAACUGCAAAAAUUAAUGCAUUUCUAUAAUGAUGUUAAGUGAAAAGCUUACAAUUUUGAUGCCCAUCCCUGGCAGACACCCAGUGCCUGACCACUACUCACUGCAGCUGGAGGUCAUUGCCAACAGGACAUCAGCAGCCAAGCUUGUGCGGUGCGACUCCACAGACUCUUCCAUCCCAAGAUGCCCACAACAUUACAAGGAUGGUGACCGCUACCUGCAGUGGAACAUCAACACAGCCUGCCCUCAUAUCAAUGUGAGUUAGCCACCAAAGUCCACAUUAAAUGCAGUCAAUGCUACAUAAGAUAUCUUAAUGAACAAUUUAUAAUUAUUUAUUAUAAUUAUUAAAAAUAUCAACAUAUCUUUUUUAUUAUUUAUUGAUAUUUUGUUAUUAUUUUCAUUUAUGAUUAGGUAAUUUAUUAGGUAAGUUUAUUGCAGGAGAUGCUCAAAUUCUUAAUACCAAUUCCAAACUAAGGCCUCAAAUUUAUUACAGUAAAUUUAAAACAACAAAAUUGUCAAAUGCACUUACCACAUCUCUGGAAUAACAGUUCACUGGCCAACAAAAUAAAGGUUCUCAAAUAGCAGUUACUUCUAUUAUAGUUGACCACAGUAGGACAUGAGUUAUGUUGAAGUUAUGGUGAAUCAUCUGUGCACACAUGAGUUAAAAUUUAGGAGGCACACCCUUAAGGGAGACUCCUAACUAAAUCCUUGUGAUUACUUCAAGCAGUGUGUUGGAUCACAUUAAAUAACCUAAUAUUCCAGGCAAUACAGAAAAAAAAUCUGACAUCUACCCAAUUAGAGUGGAAGCUAACACCCCUUCACUUUACCCCCAUCACCCCCCUCCUUGCUUAAUGCACCUCACUCAUACAUAACUGUUGGUCUCUUUAGUGUUUCUCAACACUAGGGUUUGACUUAUACAAAAAGGCCGUACUCAUCUCCAGGCUAAUUUAGGAAACAUAUUAUUUUCUCCAGACGUCCAAACUGACUCCCUUGAAAGAUGGACCAAACAGUGUUGUGUGCACAGAGGAAACAGAAAUCCUACGCAGAGUGUUCCAGGCUUCACAGCGCACGACGCAGGAGUACAUGUUCCCGACCAAGGAAUGUGAGAUGUCCAGAAAGGAAUGUGAAAACUGUUUGUCUGCGGCAGUGUGCCCUCCCGAGCCUGAGAACAAGACUGAUUGUAAGGAAAAUAUCAAUAUUAUUGAUUAAGAUUGUAUAUCAAAUAUAAAUAUUGUUUCAAAAGGUUAUAAAGACAAUACAAAUAUUACUAAUAAAGAUUGUAAUGACACAUAAAACUAUGACCUAGAAAACUCGGUUCAUAAAUUGUCAAACACUGUCUCAAAAAAAAGUGAAUGGGUGAAUUGAUGGAUCAGAGAUAGGGCACUCAGAAACCUCUGGUCUGACUGUCCAUAAUUUGUGGGGCUUAGGUUGUUCUUUAAGCUGUCCACAUUGAAAUAAUGUUGCCACUUCUUUCAAGGGGAAGUUAAGCUCAUUUUUUUUACAAUUUACUUGAUUCCAGAAUCAUAAGCUUCACUGGCAAGUUUUUCCUGGUGACAGUGUUAGGAAAUAUUUUCGAUAUUUAUUGCAUGAAGAAUAUUUUCAUCUUUUUUAAUUUCUGACUAAAUACAAGCAAACGUAAUCAGUUAAAAAGUCAAAUGACCUAUCAGUUUGUCUUACCUCCACAGUUCAACUCCUUGACAACCAGUGUUGUGGGAUCAGGUGCUACUCUCAGAGUGCUUGUAAAAAAUAUCACAGCCUGGCAUGUCCUCCACCCACAGUUGAAUGUGCCACAGGUAACAAAUCUCUGGACUAGCCAUGCUAAAACAUCUGGACCAGUUUUUUAUUUUUUUUAAAUUUUAAAAUAUAUUCUCUGAUUUGGCUUGUAGUCAGAUUUAUUGUUUUUGAAUUUAUCAAGCUAAGAAAUGUCUGAAAGUCUGAUUACUUUUGCUGAAUUUCACUUAUGCACAAUUUGAUUUGUACCGGUAUAUAUUACAUUUUUGUCAUGCUCACUUCAUUUCAAUGAUGAAUGAAUUAGUUUCUCAUUGAAAAAUAUAUUAUGAGAUUGUAACUUAAUGUUUUCCGAAAUUCUAAAUUACAUUACCAGAAAGCCAAUUAUUGAUGCAUAACUAACUCUUACCUCUUCAGGUGAGGUUGACAUAUUUUCCCUGUUCCCACAUUUUGAAUCCAUGGAGCGCCAGUUUGCCUGUCACCUAAGAUAUGAACCUCCCCCUCACCUGUACAGCCUGAGCUACACCAUCCGUGCACCGUCAAUCAACUUCAAUACAACACCACAGCAUUUCACGGUCACUGCCGCCACUCGGGAGGACCACGAAAAAAGGCUGUCUAAGUUUGUACCACAAAUGUUUGAACUUUGUUGCUAUGUGGACUAACAGUCUGUUCUAAUUAUUGUGCUUUAUCCUGUGAACACAUAGUCUAUCUUUUUUCUACAAUUUUCAUGAUUUAAAUAUUCCCUUAACACAACCAUGAAAAACAUCAGACUAAAAGAAAUCAGACUGAAAGACUGAGAGACAUCAAACCAAAAGACUUCAGACUGGAAGACUGAGAGACAUCAAACUAAAAGACAUCAGACUGAUAGACAUCAAACAAAAGACAGUGUUUUAAAUAAAAAAAAAUUAUCCAUCCUUAUUUGCUCUAUGUUGUUAGUGUAACUGAAGGGCUUAUAUUUAAAAGUUGGUAAAAAAUCUCAAGUUAGUUGUCCUCAAUAUCACGGCAUAAUUUUUUUUUCUUCAAUUUUUAAGAUUUGAUUUCAUCAACGCACAACAUGACACAAGGUUAAAGGUUGAGGAGGAGCUUGUCUUGGUUGGAGACCACAUGGAGCUGAAGCACUACUCCGACACGCUGAUGAAACCUUUCACCGUGCGUGAGAUCAAGACGCCCAGGGAACUGAGGCAGCGCAAAGCAUUCCCACAGGAUUCAUUUUCUAAACAAGCUUACAUCCAGUUUGAGAGGCCAUUCUUGUACAGUUCCUUGUCAUGGUAUAGAGGCGGUUGUCACAAGAACAUCUCACAGGUACAUUCUUAUACAGUUCCAUGUCAUGGUCAACAAAACUGUCACAUGAAUGUCACACAGAACCUUUCUGUUCUAGAAAUAUUGUCACAAUAUAAUUACUGGUUUUCAUGGACUAGUAUCAUUAAUACUAUUAAUAAAUCAAAAUAUUACUGAACUACAGUGUUACAGGUAGUGAGUGGUAUUACAUGAUUUGGAAAAUAUUUUAACAUUGUCUAGCCUGGGUUGGUUUCCUAUAUUUGAGUACCUAUUUAUUGGUUUCCUCCCUUAGCCAUUGAUGUGUAGCCAGUAUGUGAACUUCUUUUUAAAUCGAUUUUUAAUUUAUUUAAAUUUGUGGUGAGCUAAUGAAUAACAUAUCAGAAUGAGCUUUGAAAUUUAAAAAAAAAAUGUCCUAUUUCAUUGAGUUAUCUUUGCUAAGCCUCAUAGGGCUGUAACCUUGUGCUUAUUUCCACCAGAUCUACCCAAACCAGACCAUAUACAAGGAGGACUUUACCCCUGUCAUGGCACGCAAGAACACCUUAGAAGCUCCCAGUUCUAACAGUGGCUCCAAGAACUCAGGAUUUUCUUACCAACUUUAUCACAGAGACAGGGCCCCGUACAUCAAGUUCUACGUGGAAAGUAAGAAACUGUUAACAUCGAUGUUUGGGACAAUGCUGUCAAGUUGUAUGUAGGUGUGGGGAAGGCUUGCAAGAUGAAGAGCAAACAAGGCAAUGUAGUAAUGACAGGCUAUCUCAUACAUGUGUAUUUCAUAUUUCCUUACCCAGAUGUUUAAAAAAAAUAGUUGCCAAUAUCCAUUAUUUUAAUCUACAGUUAAGUGCAUUUACAGAAAAUGUGUUUCAUAAAAGAAUAAUGGGCUUAUGCUUUUAUUUUGAUUUCUGAAAUAAAUAUUUGAAAUAGUUUAAACAUUUGUUAUAUUCAUUGACAUAAACUUGAGAUGUUUAAUAUUUGUACAAACUUCUAAGUAGGAUAAGUCAGAUAUUUCUUGUUUGGUCUGCUUAAAAAAUGUAUGAUCCCAAUAAUGCAAUGUUUUUAUUUACUGCAAUGUUACUAGCAAUAUCCUCUGUUCCAAACAUUUUGUGCCCUUCAACCAUCAAUUGCAAACAAUUUCAAUAUGCUCUUGAUAUUAUCUUAUAAAAGAAUGCUUUUAGAAUUAAACUGAAAGUUAAAUGUUUUCAAAAUAAAUGUUAAUAAAAAAUGUAUUAAAUGGAAAAAAACAUCAUUAAAAAUAAAUUUAUGUAAAAUUGAUCAGUAGGUAAUUUUAACCAAGAUCACUAACUCCUUGUGUUAUUGUCUUGACUGUUAGUUUUAACAAAAUAUAUUUUUUCUAUAACAGAGGGCAAGUCAGUUCUACAACAGCUGCAAGGUACAAUAGUUAAAGGCAAAUUGAAGCCAAGCAGUUUGUAUGGCAGAGUAUCAUGGCACCAUGAUACAUCGACAUGGAAGUUGUUGUUUGAAGGUAAGUACCCGGCAAAUCAUGCUGAUUUAUUACUGUCACUGCGCUUAAAUUAACACACAGCUUUACUCUCAGAAUUAAUUUAAAGAUGUAAUCUUACUCUCACUUAAUUUAAAGAUGUAAUCUUACUCUCACUUAAUUUAUAGGCCAGCGACAGAUUUACUGUCAUGAAACUUUAUUUAGAAAUAUGAUAAUUUUCUUAAGAUGUUACGUGUAUAAUCAUAUGUUUAAUUCUUAUAAGAUUUCAGGAAGAUUUUCAAUCUUAAACUUAUGAAGAAAAGAAAAAUGGCUUUCUAUUUUUUUUAAUUGAUUAUUUUCAACAAAAUAUUUAAAGUUAUAAACAGCAAUAAAUAACUACAACAUAAAGCUUAAAUCAUCAAUUUAAAGAUAUCACUUGUUACCAGAAUAAAUACAUGUCAUUAUCUCCACCAGGUCAGCAGGAGAAUUGUCCAACAGUUAUCAGCCUGAAGAUAUUUACCCAGCUAAUGACUGGGUGUGCAGGCCACUUUGACAUGUUAAUGAACUGUCCCGAGAACUUCUCAAUGACCUUCAACUUCAGCACCGGCAUGAGUGACCUGCCGGACAUCUUCAUCAUUCAAGUUAACGAUUCUGUGACCUCGCACAACCUGGUCCUCUCAUCAGUCUACUCCCCUAUCCACGUGGAUGAGGUCAAGCCGACAUCAUCUGAACUGCCCACCCACCCGGAGUUCACAUCUACCAAUGAUGACAAAACGACACGGGUUUACAAAGUAUGGACCCCUGUGUUUAUUGUGCUCAGCGUUACACUGGCACUUCUCCUGGUCAUCUUCAUCAUGUACAAGUGCAUCAACAAGAAGGUCAAAAGAGUUUAUCUGAUGGCCAACACGACACCCGAAAGUGAAGCGGUCACCCUCAACAACCAGGGGGAGAAAUUCAAUCAAACUGUGUCUGCGUCUGCUGCAACGCCCCAGUGGACCUGCCCCAUACGCACGUUCAUCUGCUUGUACUUAGUUUAUUCCCUCGUGUUUUCCUUCACUCUGACAUUUGUCAUCAUUUACUACUCUCACACCUCCGUCUGGGCAAACAUCUCCAACCCUGAACAUUUGGGCAGAGAGCUUCAGGCCCAGGUCAACAAAUCUCUAACGGAGAUUCAAAAGUUUGAGGAGAAGGAACGACUCCGCCUAGCAACUCUUUACAGAGAGCGGAGAGAAGCUUGCAUCCACCAUCUGGAGAACGAGAACAGAAAACUCUUGUACGACUAUGAGAUCACAACCCAAAAACAAGUGGAGACAAUUUUCGUUGAGGACGGAAUGCUGCAUCAUCUUUCUAACGAGAUAUUGAAACACAAUGUUUCUGUCUACAUGCAACAAAUCAAUGAAUUUGUCACAGACUGUAACAAAACAAUUCAUGCGAUUGUCAAUAGGUUCCAGGCCAACUAUUACCUGUUCCUCCGCAACACUGCCCUCAAUGAUUGGCUGAAGUUUCCCCGCCAGAUUUAUCUGUACCAAGAUGAGGAGGAUGUCGACAGAAAGUAUUUGUCAUCUACACAAGUCAAGCAGUUCGCUACUUGGCUGGGGAUCGACAAGGCUGAAGAGUUGUUGGUUGUUGGGGACAACGUUUUCGGCAGGUAAAUAAACACAUUACUUUACUAUUAUAGGGAAUUUUUCAGUACUAGUAACUAUAACAUAUAAGUACACCUGCUGGUAGAUUUGUAAUUUUACUAUAAAAGCAAAAUAAGGGAACUAUCUUUACACACAGCACUAAGACACAUCUCAAAGUAAUUGAGGUGCAAUUUUGUUUUCAUGGCACAAGGCGCUCUGGAUUUGUCUCUUAAAUUUAAAUAGUGGAAAAAGAUAUGUUUAGGCUUGAAAAAAAACAGAAGAAUUAAAAGGACAUUUGGGCUAGAUGCCUUCUUUAACAGACAAUACAAAGGACACUUGGGCUACAUGCCUUCUUCAACAGACAAUACAAAGGACACUUGGGCUAGAUGCCUUCUUCAACAGACAAUACAAAAGGACAUUUGAGCUAGAUGCCUUCUUCAACAGACAAUACAAAGGACACUUGGGCUAGAUGCCGUCUUCAACAGACAAUACAAAGCAAGAAAUAACAAAUUGUGAGACAUUAAAAAGUUAAGGAGUGACCUAAGUUAGUCAUAGUGCGCUUUUGAUUCUACGCAGAGAGUGAGAGAACUCCAUUGCCAUCUGGGAACACAAACGUUUUUAAUUUUUAAAUAGUUUAUUUCUUGUUUUAUGUUGUCUGCUAAAGAAGACAUUUAGCUGAAACAUCCAUUAAAUUGUUCUGCUGUUUUUAUUUCAGCCUAAAUAUAUUUUGUUCCACUAUUUAUUUACUUUACACAACUUAAACUUUCUAUAUUCCUUUCGAUUUUUCUAACCCAAUUUAUUCUAAACUAUGAAUGAAUCACUACAUUAACAUAAGGAUUUUGUGACAGAGUAUGAACUUUUAUAUAGUUUUUCUUUAAAUUUUUAAAUUUUAUAUUAAUUUCAAUACCAUCUUCUAUGUGACUUUUAAACCAGGAACUAUCUAACAACUUUGUGAUGUUUAAACCAUGGGGCUAUCUAACAACUUUGUGAUGUUUAAACCAUGGGCUAUCUAACAACUUUGUGACGUUUAAACCAUGGGCUAUCUAACAACUUUGUGACGUUUAAACCAUGGGCUAUCUAACAACUUUGUGACGUUUAAACCAUGGGCUAUCUAACAACUUUGUGACGUUUAAACCAGGGACUAUCUAACAACUUUGUGAUGUUUAAACCAUGGACUAUCUAACAACUUUGUGACGUUUAAACCAGGGGCUAUCUAAUAACUUUGUGAUGUUUAAACCAUGGGCUAUCUAACAACUUUGUGAUGUUUAAACCAGGGACUAUCUAACAACUCUGUGAUGUUUAAACCAGGGACUAUCUAACAACUCUGUGAUGUUUAAACCAGGGACUAUCUAACAACUCUGUGACGUUUAAACCAGGGACUAUGUAACAACUUUGUGAUGUUUAAACCAGGGGCUAUCUAACAACUUUGUGAUGUUUAACCCAGGGGCUAUCUAACAACUUUGUGAUGUUUAAACCAGGGACUAUCUAACAACUUUGUGAUGUUUAAACCGGGGGCUAUCUAACAACUUUGUGACGUUUAAACCAUGGGCUAUCUAACAACUUUGUGACGUUUAAACCAGGGACUAUCUAACAACUCUGUGAUGUUUAAACCAGGGACUAUCUAACAACUUUGUGAUGUUUUAACCAGGGACUAUCUAACAACUUUGUGACGUUUAAACCAGGGACUAUCUAACAACUUUGUGACGUUUAAACCAGGGGGCUAUCUAACAACUUUGUGAUGUUUAAACCAUGGGCUAUCUAACAACUUUGUGACGUUUAAACCAGGGACUAUCUAACAACUUUGUGACGUUUAAACCAGGGACUAUCUAACAACUUUGUGACGUUUAAACCAGGGACUAUCUAACAACUUUGUGACGUUUAAACCAGGGGCUAUCUAACAACUUUGUGAUGUUUAAACCAUGGGCUAUCUAACAACUUUGUGAUGUUUAAACCAGGGACUAUCUAACAACUCUGUGAUGUUUAAACCAAGGGCUAUCUAACAACUCUGUGAUGUUUAAACCAGGGGCUAUCUAACAACUUUGUGAUGUUUAAACCAGGGGCUAUCUAACAACUUUGUGAUGUUUAAACCAUGGGCUAUCUAACAACUUUGUGAUGUUUAAACCAGGGGCUAUCUAACAACUUUGUGAUAUUUAAACCAUGGGCUAUCUAACAACUUUGUGAUGUUUAAACCAUGGGCUAUCUAACAACUUUGUGAUGUUUAAACCAGGUGCUAUCUAACAACUUUGUGAUGUUUAAACCUGGGGCUAUCUAACAACUUUGUGAUGUUUAAACCAGGAACUAUCUAACAACUUUGUGACGUUUAAACCAUGGGCUAUCUAACAACUUUGUGACGUUUAAACCAGAGACUAUCUAAUAACUUUGUGACGUUUAAACCAGGGACUAUCUAACAACUUUGUGAUGUUUAAACCAGGGGCUAUCUAACAACUUUGUGAUGUUUAAACCAGGGGGCUAUCUAACAACUUUGUGAUGUUUAAACCAGGGGCUAUCUAACAACUUUGUGAUGUUUAAACCAGGGGCUAUCUAACAACUUUGUGAUGUUUAAACCAGGAGCUAUCUAACAACUAUGUGAUUUUAAACCAGGGGCUAUCUAACAACUUUGUGAUGUUUAAGCCACGAGCUAUCUAACAACUAUGUUAUCUUUAAACCAUGGGCUAUCUAACAACUAUGUGAUGUUUAAACCAGGGACUAUGUAACAACUUUGUGAUGUUUAAACCAGGGGCUAUCUAACAACUUUGUGAUGUUUAAACCAGGGGCUAUCUAACAACUCUGUGAUGUUUAAACCAGGGGCUAUCUAAUAACUUUGUUCUGCCCUAGGGUAGGGUUGCCAUCCGUCCCGAUAUAUCGGGACCAUCACCGUUAAAGACCUUCUUGUUCUAAAUAAAAAGUAAUUAUAUCAAAUAAAUUUUUUCCUUCAUUUCUAUACCCCUAUCUCAGAGUGUCCCGACGAGGUCCCACCUAGAUAUGGCAACUCUACUCUAGGGUCUACCCAGUAGAGAACUUAUUUAGAAUAUUAUUUUGCCAACCCUCCUAGAUAAAAAAGAACAAAAUUAAAUGUAGAACAGUGAAGUAUACUUGAAGUCAAAAUACAGGUGAACCUCCUUACGAAUGAACCUAUUGCUGCCAGCAUGGAAAAAUAAAUCUAUUUGAGAACCACCAAGACUUUUUAAACUAUUUUUUUAUUUGAGUGAUUGUUUUUGUUGUUGCUAAAUUGAACUGAAGAUUUUUUUCUUUGACAGAAUGGCUGGCAUUUCAAGACCUCAUUUAUCAAUUCUAAACAUCACCUUUCCAUCAGUUGAUCCACAUCUUGCUAAAAUUGAGCCCAAUUUGGAUUACAAUAGUCACUCCUAUGUAUAUACAGUGCUAGAGCCAUUAUUUGAAAUGGACCAACUUCAGUCAAACGGGUCAUCGACAUGGACAGAUCUUAGACAGAAACGAGACGCAGAUGAAUUUGGACUCAGUGGAAACCUUAAGUCUAAUCCCGAUGGCCGGGAAUUUUCUCGGUUGCAAGAUGUCAAACCAGAACGGGAUACUGUUUUGUCUCGCAGAAAGUCUAAAGUAAAAGAUUACUCUAGCUAUUACACAGAGCGAGCACCAAGGCCCAGAACUCCACCGACCAACCACGCCAAUGAUUUGGAAGAAUUUUCAUUUGAAAAACUGGAAACAAAUGUGGUGAACAUCCAAGGAGACAAACAAACGGCAAAUUUCAUCAGUGACCAGAUGUCCGAGUUGGCAACGACACAACCCACUCCACCAUCAGAUGCAGAUCAGUCACAAGACAAUCACUUGUUUUCUUUGCUCAUUGCUAUAUUCAUCACAUUGGAUAUAGUUCUGUGGGUGUAUCGUAUUUCAUGGCUCAGCAACCAGCUGUACGCCGCCCGGCAUGGGUACGCCGACCGCAUCCCCACGGAUGACACCUGUAAGCAGGUUCUGGAGAUCCAAACAGCAUACCAUCUGCCUGCUUUUGAGAAUCCUUUGGAUGAGUCAUCAGGCUUUUAUGUAGAUGUCAAGGAGCAGCUGUUCGGUGAGAACGAGAUUACCUUCCUGCAGGACUUUCCCAAAAUGAAAGAUAAAGAUGACAUCCUGCAGAAGAUUUGGAAUGAAAAGAUGAACAGACCCGAGGAUCCUGCAACCCUGCGCAUGCAGAAGUGUUUUCUUGUUCGCUGGUUUGACGACCUGAAGAAAUUUUUACAGCGUUUAUUCUUAUCCCAACUUGUAUGGCAGGUAUGGUUUUUUGUUGUUUCUUUUACAUUCAGUCAUUGAAAGUGUCAUUCAGUCAACUUUAUGACCAGUCAUUCAGUCAACUUUAUGACCAGUCAUCAUUGAAUUUAGCCUUUUAAAAUGUACUAAAGAUAUUUAAGAGCAUAUUUUCAGAAGUGAUAAAUCAUCAUUUAUUUCAUUUUAAAAAUAACUUUUUCCCCCCAGGGCUCUGUGACCUUCAUAGCCGUCACAUUCCUGUGUAUUUUAACUUACUGUGUACAGUUCUGGCUUACGGAAGAGAACUUCCGCACACUUGUUGGUGGUCAGUCUGCUGUUGCUGAUGUCCACUGGCACCUGGACACAAGUUCCCGUUACCUCCAGGGCCUGGCAUAUCAACUGACCCUAGAACUCCAUCGGAUCAAAGAGUUGUGUGACUUUGAAGUCAACACCCUGACUGACAUGUUCUUUUCAACUUUAAACUUACAAGUAGGUUAUUUCCCUUAAUAGGGAAAGUAAAUUUCAAAUUAUCCAAUCAAAAUUUUUGGCUCAUUUUCAACUAACCAGUAACAUAUAUGCCGCUAAACUAUAAAUAGUUCCAUGCUUGAAGACAUACUUGACAGUUUGGGUAACCAAAUUUAUAAAAGUAAUUCUAACAAAAAUUAUGCAGUAAUUUAAUAGCCAUUGAAGAACUGUAGGUAGUACAAAAACCCAGCAUUUUUUCUGAUAAAUUUAAGUAAUUUUGGGAUCUUGUUUAAUGUCAAAUUUCGUCCUUUUGCUAACCAGACAUCAUAGAAUGUAAUACUCUUGAAUUAAUGGACUUAAAUUAUUUGAUUUCCUCCCAGACAUCCAUGCUGACUACAACACUGCAGAGAUUGUGCAGAGAAGCCAAGAAAGACAACUGUGAUGAGCUGACUGUUUUUAAGUCCCCAGGGGGGAGAAUUGUUGGCUGUAAUUUCCUACCUAUUCAGGCUCAGACUUUCCAUGGUAAGUUUUGAAUCAAAUUUUUACAUUUUCUCACUUUUAAAAUAAAAAUAAUAAUAAGUAUUUAAUAUUGUUCCAGUUAAGCUUCAUUUUCAGGAUGAGACUAUUUAUGUGGUCUUAUUGUUGCUUAGCAUGUCUUUCAAACAUUUUAUCACCCGUGGGUUUAUGUCAAAAGCCUGAUGUAUUUCUCCCUGCUAUGUCCACAGAUCUGAGUCUGUCCUACAUGGACAAUGUCGUCAUGAAGGAGGUGACUCCACUUUUAAACCUCUCCCACUGGAUGUUGACGACCUUUACGUCCGUGAUAGCCUCCCUUCUAUGUGGACGGCUGCUGUGUCAAGCUGCCGCAUCCACCAUCCGUCAUUACAUGCUCCUCACCGGACGCCUGCCCCGUGUGCGGGUGUACCAGACGGAAGACAUUAAGGAAACCGGCCCCAGGACCAACACAACCAUGCAGCGCAGCCAGUCGUGGGUGGACAGCUGUGAGAGUGGGGUGUACCUAGGGGAAACGGACGAUGCAAACAAGGAGGAGACGAGAUAGCAAGAGACACUUAUUUUUACAUCCUUGUUGAGGUAACCUCUGUAACAUUGGCUGACAAUCAACAUAGGUCCUUCCACUUAGUCAUGCACCAGGAGGUGUCAUGUUUCAAAGCAUAUAAAUCUUCCAUUUAGUUAUGCACCAGGAGGUGUCAUGUUGUCAAAGCAUAUAAAUGGCGAGUGACCAUCCUAAAACAUGUUUAAACUCUUAAGAUGUUAUGGAUGGUGAACCUUCGUAGCACCUCUUAUGUAUUUAUUAUAGCAUGAGGUGUUUCAAGACACUGCAUUCCAACUGCUAUAGUGGCGGUGAAGUCUUGUUUUAAACAGUCUUGAUUACACCAGUGCACAAACUGACCAAAGCCAUGGACUUCCUUUGAUAGAAUCAAAAUAUAAAAUGUUCAGAUCCCUGUGACGAUUUUAUCAUAAAAUGUAGAUGAAAGGAAAUUGUGGACAGAACCUGGCUACCUUAUAGCCGUAAAUGUGGGACAUAAAGCAGCAUGAUAGGAGAAACUUCCCCCAACAUCCAUCCCACCCAAGAUGGACUUCAUCUCAGUCCUGCGGUCAGACACAAGCUAGGAACUAAACUAUCCAAUUGGUUGCAGAGUUUUUUUUAAAAAAACCUUGAUUUCCCGUUCCUAAUGCUCCGAGUGUAAUAUAAGAUUUGCCACAGUUAUGGAUUGGUUAAAUAUAAAGUUAAGAAUGUUUAAAAAUUAAUAAAGAAAUGAACACAUAGGGUAAAUAUAAUCUCUUUAUAUAAAACGUAUUUAGCAUUUUAUUUCCAUGUGUUGCAAAACUUCAACACAAAAAUUAUGUCAAUGGUCAAAAAUGCUUCCCUCCAGAUUUAAAAAAAAGUGCAGCUCGGGGCAGACUGCCCCUUCCGCAUUCCCCUUCCUUCACCACAUUGAUAUCUUUAAUGACACAGUGUGUGGGGAAUAUUUGAGUUGAGCAAAGUUAGCCAUUUUGAGAAGUAAGGAAAAUAAAUCUUGAUUUUAGCUUAACAAAAUUACCCUUAGUGUUAAAAAUCGUUUUCUAACUAUGUUUUAUAGAAUAAUAUUGAUUAUGGCUAGAUUUCCUUCCAUUUUAUCUUUGUCUUGUCCGUUCGCAAUAUAACAACCAAAAAAAAUGUAAUGUUAAUAUGAUUGUUUACCAUUUAUUCCAUAAUAAUAAGUAGUUUUCUUACUUAUUUAAAAUAUUUUUAGCUCCUAGUCAUAUUCACAAUUUCAAUUUUAAAUUUAAAAAAAGACAUCCUGAAUAAAUUAUUUAACUACUUAAUUAUUGUAAUUUGGUAAAGUAAAAUAGUUCUUACAAAAAUUGGUUCCAAGUUUAAAUAUCUCAGAUACAAUUACUGUUGUAGUUUGAUUCUAUGUUCAUCAACAGACAACAAACAUGGCUGCUUCAUUUAUUCAAAUAUAUUAUGGGCCAAUUUCAUUUGUAAAUAAAAUCUUUUUUCAUGAAUGUUCAAUUACAACUGACUAAAACAGGUUGUCUCCAACUCUUGAUACUUAUGUUAUCAUGGUCACCAGGGGACAUUUAAAUUUUCUUGUGCACAUUCAGUGCACAUUAAAUUUUUUUAAAGUAAACUUUAGUACACAAAAGCUGCUAUUUGAAAUUCAGAAUU